UUUAACGAUGAAAAAAACAACUCGGUAUUUUUCGAAGAAGAAAUACUUAUUAAAAACAAUAUUAACCUCGAAAGUCAAGUCGACUAUUGACCGGUAUAAAAAAUGUCGAUUUUGGUUGUCUAAGGGUUUGUGGCGCGUCGCAAAUAAUUGGAAGGAGACUGCACCGGUGGUGAGCGGACAAACUGCUGGAAUCGACAGUAUGUUUCGCGGAUUGGACGAAAACAGAGACUUGUUAGUGAAAAGGCUGAAUGCUGGCCAGGAUUUAUACCCGAAUUGUGAUACAUCGAUUUGGCUAAGAAAUUGUACGCAUGACAUUCCGAUUCCCGUCCAAGGGAAAAUCAGAGGUAAGAUACCGGAAUGGUUAUCAGGGUCGCUACUACGAAACGGUCCUGGGAGUACACACGUGGGAAAUUACGAAUUUAAUCAUAUAUUUGACAGCUCUGCCUUACUACACAGGUUUGCAUUUAAAAAUGGACUAGUGUCAUAUCAGUGUAGGUUUUUGGAAUCAAACACAUAUAAACAAAAUAAAGCAGCCCAAAGAAUAGUCAUUACCGAAUUUGGAACCAAAGCGUGUCCUGAUCCCUGUAAAACAAUUUUUCACAGGUUUUCUAAUUUAUUUAAAUGGGGAGACGAUCAAUCAGACAAUGCGAUGAUAUCUAUUUACCCAAUUGGCGAUGAAUAUUAUGCAUUUACCGAGUAUCCAAUAAUGGUUAAAAUUGAUCCUACAACUCUCGAAACACUUAAUACAAUAGAUAUAGCUCGGCUGACUGGUAUUGUUCACCAUACUGCUCACCCACAUGUGGCGGCCGAUGGUGCCGUUUUCAAUUUAGCGACUGUUCCAAAAAUUGAUGGUCCUCAUUAUUGCGUGGUUAAAUUUCCUCGAGUUGAUUCAGAAAGUGGAUACCAGUAUUCGACGGACGAAAUAUUUGGGCAAAUGUGCAUCGUGGCUACCAUUAAGUGUCGGUGGCCUCUGCAUCCUGGGUACAUGCAUUCUUUCGGCAUAACGGAACAUUAUUUCGUCGUAGUCGAACAGCCUCUGAGUAUUUCGUUGUCCACCGCCAUGAUUAACAGAUUCAAAGGAAAUCCAAUAUCUAGUGCUCUAAAAUGGUUUCAAGACUGUCCCACUCUAAUUUACUUGAUUUCACGAUCUAACGGCAAAAUGGUGAAGACAUUUAAAUCGGAUGCGUUCUUUUAUCUACACAUAAUAAAUCAGUACGAAGAAGACGAUAACGUGGUAAUCGAUAUUUGUUGUUACCGAGAUCCUUCCAUGAUCGACUGCAUGUUCGUUGAAGCAUUACAAAAUCUCAAUAAAAACCCAGAUUAUGCAGCAAUGUUUCGCAGUAGGCCUUUGAGAUUCGUGUUGCCAGUUAACCGUAAUCCUACAGAUGGCGAUGAUACGAACGAACAACUGUAUGUCUGCCCCGAAAAGCUAUGCGAUUUAGGUUGUGAAACACCCAGGAUUAAUGACUUAAAAAUUGGCAAAAACUACAGAUUUUUCUAUGCAAUAUCAUCUGACGUUGAUGCUGAAAACCCUGGGACGCUCAUAAAAGUGGAUACAUACAAUAAAACUUGCAAGACAUGGUGUGAAAAGAACGUAUACCCCAGUGAACCAAUUUUUGUUUCUUCACCAGACGCUGAAGACGAAGACGAUGGUGUAAUUUUGUCAUCAAUUAUUUGGGGUGGAUCAGAGUGUACACACCAAGCCGGAGUAAUAGUUUUGGAUGCAAAGAGUUGGACAGAAAUAGGACGAGCUAUUUUUAUAACUCAGUCACCAGUUCCUAAAUGUUUACAUGGAUGGUAUGCUGCUGCUGUGUAAAAAAAACAUGUCAUCGAAGUACAAUCACAGAUAAUAUAAUUAUUUUUCACAGUUGAUCAUCGUAACCGAUUUUUAAAUAGAUCA